AUGGAAGAAUUGGUCUUUUGCAGACAUGGGUUUCUUUCCUCGUACCCAUAUUUAUUAUUUGGAGCCACCACCCCGCAGAGAGCCAGUGGGCGAAUGGAAGUGCUGGCUGUACAUGGUCUUCGUUCUCAAACACACGACUCGUUUUCAAGUCCAAUCACGAGGAAGAGAUACGUGCACUUAAAGACCUAUCAAAGGACCUUCAAGAUCGGUGACUACGGCGACGACAAGGGAAACCGCGCUUCCCACAUGAUUAUGCCUCACAAGCUCUACCAGGGCCGCAUCAGUGGCGUCCGUAAUUUCACCAGGCGCGCCGUCGGUGUUGAGGUCAACAAGCAGGUACAAACAUGA